AACACGUUGUAGUUUAGGACGUAAAUUCCUUCUUAAAGAUACAACGUUAUGAAUACUACAGAUAAUGAUGCAACGCUAUACGCGGAAUGUGGAAAAGCUUUAAGCAACAAAUAUGAGGUUGACGGUACGCUUGGUAAAGGUGCCUUUGGUCAAGUUUUUAAAGUGAAGUGUAAAGACAAUGGCAAACCAUAUGCCAUAAAAAUGCUUCCUAUCAACAAAAUACAAGGAGCGAAAUAUGAACAGCGAGAAGUCGAAGCUCUCACAAAGUUCCAGAAUCGGUCAGAAGAGUCAAAACGAAAUGUUAUCGAACAUUUCAAAGCUUGGAUACUAUACGUUUGUGACGUAGAAACACUGGCUAUCCAAAUGGAACUGUGUUGGGUAAACUUACAUACUUUCGUUAUUAAGAAUAAAAUCGAUGGCCCUAAGAUUAUCCAAGCUGAAGGCCCGCCACGAUUUUACCAGCAAGUAUUUCGACAAAUUUUAGAUGGCCUAGUUUUCAUCCACUCAAUGUACUGGGUACAUCGUGAUAUUCAUCCCGGUAAUAUCCUCAUAGUAAAUCCAAACCCACAACGAAUCAAUGAUAUUCAUGUCAAGAUCGCCGAUUUCGGACUUGCAAGGUAUGUUGGAACAACCUUUGACUUGUCUUCGGAUGGGACAAUCAACCUAAAAUCUGAGGAACUAACGCCUUUUGCAUGUGAUUCUUUACACACGGCGCCCGAGCUCAAUACCAAAACAUACGAUUUCAAAGUAGAUGUUUACAGUGCCGGAAUGGUGUUGUAUUUUAUUAGCUGUUUCCCCGUCCUAGAGAGUUCAGAAUUAAAGGAGGAGAUUAAGGCAAUACGACGAGGCGAACGUGACAUCAAUAAAUGCAUAUAUCACAAGGAUGACAAAAAGUUGAGCAGUCUAAUGAAACAAAUGCUUGAAAAGAAUCCAAACGAACGUCCGAGUGCCAGCGACGCUAAAAAGUACAUGUUUCCCGAAGCAACAGAUUCAACUGAUGGUAAAAAGGCACAGAAUAUCAAAUUCUUUGCAAGAAAAAAGAACGAAGAUUUACGUACUUGCUCUAUAGCGAGUUCACGUUCUCGGCAUUGAAAGCAGAAGUUGAACGUCGCACCCGCGUCAAAGCAAGCCAGCUUCGACAAGAGGAUACGAUUAAUGGCGAAAAGAUGCAUAUCGUAAUAGAAGAUGAUGAAGACGUCGAAAAUAUUUUUGAGAACGCAGCACAAAAAGGUCGUGAUGUCGUGGUGGUUGUGACUGAGAAAGCAGAAGAAUAUAACACUGAAACUAUACAAAUUAGUUCUGGAGACAUAAUGAUGCAUUCUCCACCUGAUAUAAUUUAGUUCAAGUUCCACUGUACAUUGUAAUGGAACUUUCCAACACGAAAUGCAACUAUAAAGAACUGUUAAUGUGAUACUUAAUACAUCUAUAUAUGUAGUUAUUAUUCUAUUAAAACAUUUACUAAAACUAUAUAAUUGCAAAUGAUGAACCAGGCGGUUACGAAAACAACUCAUAGCUGGGAAGAGGUUAUUUCGCUGACCUCAGAAUGACAUUUCGUCAAAACUUUUUUCUUCAAGAUUGGUUUAGAAACAAACUUGGAGUAGGGUUAGAGUUGGUGCUUGGAAAAGGGUUAGUGUUAGUAAAACCAUUGCUUUGUUACGUUUUGUCACUCUGAGGCCAGCGAAAUAAGGCAACCUCGUUCCCAGGACUUUCUAGCGGUCAAACGGUUCUGGUAAACCUGUGACGGUUGGAAGGCCUUGAACUGCCAUAUUGCUUAACACAAAAGUUAUAAAAUAUUUAUAAGGAAAACAAAUUCUUAUGAUGGCCAAUUUAGUUUUGUUAUUCUUAAUGAAGCAAAUUAAUACGAAGAAAUUACAGAUUGGCACCUGUAAUGUUUGGUAGAGUCAAACUAGAAUCAUUGCUCUUCUCAUACACAUUAUAAUCAAAUAUUGCAAGAAAUCAAAUCCAGGUCACUGAUGUGAUAGAUGCACUAACCAUAUAAAAACCAUCCUGAAUUGAAAACAUUGUAUUUACUUCAAAUACACGAGAAA